AUGGAAAGAGGGAGAAAAUGUGGAUUCCGCUUUAUGGAUCUGGAGAAUGACCUACAACUUGGGUCCUUUUCAAGAAUUAUUGGAGGAAGAAUGUCUUUGCCAGGAGGGCAACCAUGGCAGGUCUCCAUCAAGCAAGGCCGUUCUCAUUUCUGCGGUGGCAGUUUGAUUGGUGAUGAUGUGGUGGUCACUGCAGCUCACUGCAUCAUAGAUUUCGAUCUAAAAGUUGUGAAGAAUCUGAUUGUGACUGUUGGCGAGUUUGAUCUCCGCAGUGGGGAUGAAGAAGAACAGAAUGUCCCAGUCUCUGAAAUUGUUGUCCAUCCUGACUUCAACAGAUUUGGGUAUAUGGAUUCAGAUAUAGCACUGCUGUAUUUGAAACACCACGUACAAUAUGGCUAUGAAGUACAGCCUAUCUGUCUUCCCCACAAGGAAGAUGUGUUUGAAGCUGGAACACUCUGUGUUGUGAGUGGAUGGGGCAAAACCUCUGAGGCUGGGUCCCUGUCAAGCAUCCUACAAGAAGUGGAGCUUCCUAUCAUUGACAGCAUAACCUGCAGCGAAUUGCUGAAAACUUUAAAUUUGCCCCCAGGACAGAGGUCCAUGCUGUGUGCUGGUUUUCCAGAUGGUGGAAGAGAUGCGUGCAAGGGUGAUUCUGGAGGGCCGCUGGCAUGUAGAAAAGCCAGCGGCCUCUGGACAUUGGUAGGCAUCACCUCCUGGGGAAUUGGUUGUGGAAAAGGCUGGCUUACUGACAAAAGGAUCAACGGCAGUAGAGGUUCUCCGGGCAUUUUCUCCAAAGUGAACGAGCUCCUGGAUUUCAUUACUCAACACAUGACCACUGAACCUGGGCCAAGCUUUCUGUCUGCAUCCAGCCUAGAAGAGUGCAAUCCCCAUGGAGUGCUGGUGUUUGGUGAAAGUGGCCUUGUUCGGUACCCCCGCCUGGCUGAAGACAACUACCUUGAUAAUGGCUGGUGCAUUUGGAACCUAACCGUAUCUGAAGAUAAAAUCAUUCUGGUGGAAUUUAUCAAACUAGACAUAGAAGAUCAGAUUGAAUGUGACCAUGACUACGUUGCUUUCUAUUCAAGCGAGAAGGAAUUAAUUGGUAAAAUCUGUGGUGAUGUCCUGCCUUCCCCCUUGCUGAUAGAGUCGGACCAAGCCAUUGUUAUAUUUGUGUCUGAUGGCAGCAUUGGGGGCAGAGGCUUUGAAUUCACCUUCAGUGCUGUGCAUCCAGCAUCUGAAGCAGGCUCUGGCUGUGGCAGUAUUGCAAUGCUGGUGGAAGAAGGAAAGAUUGACACGGCUAAUUACCCUGGCUUAUAUCCCAGCAGCACAAAAUGCCACUGGCUCAUUGAAGCCCCAGUGGACCGUGUCAUCAAGUUGGAGUUCGAAGACUUUGCAGUUGAAAUCAGCCAGGAUUGUAUUUAUGAUGCUGUUGUUGUUUAUGGUGACACCGAAGAAGAGCACCAGCUAGCUCUCCUGUGUGGUUUCUCAAUUCCUUCGCCUGUGUGGAGCCCAGGGAACAUCAUGCUGAUCCACUUUGAGAGUGAUGAAGAAAAUAACUUCAGGGGAUUCAAGGCCAAGUUCACUUUUUUCUCUUCAGCAACAUCUAAUGCUGAAUAUGAAGGUGUACUCUCUAUAUCUGCUUUUGAACCAAAAGACAUCCCACUGGAUAUCUGUGGUUUCCCCCCCUUUGGUCCUCAGAGGCUGUCAACACAUAUCAUUGGGGGAGAAGAAGCUUGUCCUCACUGCUGGCCCUGGCAAGUGAGUUUGCACUUUCUGGGUGAUUAUAGGUGUGGAGGUGCCGUCAUCAAUUCAACUUGGGUACUCACAGCCGCUCACUGUGUAAAGAUAACAAAUAAUCCAUCAUAUUGGACUAUUGUUGCUGGAAACCAUGACAGAAUACUGAAAGAAGCUGCCGAGCAGUGCCUAGUCCAUCAAAGGGGAAAAAUGCAUUAUUCUGAAAUAUUCUUCUACUGUUUUAUAGUUGGAGGCCUUGCUACCCGUCUACAGCAAAUGCAUGUCCCACUGGUGGCCAAUGAUCUCUGUGAGCAAAAGUACUACUUUAAUCAUCCUGGAGGGAUCACUCCUCAGAUGCUCUGUGCUGGUUUUGCAUCUUUGGAAAGCCACGAUUCCUGCCAGGGGGAUUCAGGUCUGCUGCUUUGCCAAAAUGAAAACAAGCCAUUUAUACUCCAUGGAAUUGCUAGCUGGGGUGUGGGCUGUGCUCAACCUAAGAGACCUGGUGUUUAUUCAAGAGUGAGUGCUUUUUUUGACUGGAUUGUAUCCAUAAUUAAAGAGAAGGGACCAGCAGAGAUGCCAAUCAGUAACACUGGUCUUGAAACCUUAGUACGGUCAUUGGAGUCACCUAUGAACCUUCUACAAGCUGUUGAUGGACAAGGAUCUAAGAUAGGAGUUACCCUCAAAGAAUCCAAUGACUUGAGCCAGCAAUUAUCCUCUUGCAGAGAUGUGGUCCUUACAACCCGGGAAGGAAUGAUCCAGACUCCGGGUUUUCCUAAUGACUAUCCCAAUGCCACCAGUUGCCACUGGAGGAUUGUUGCCCCAUUAAAUGUCAUCAUUCGACUGGAUUUCCUGGACUUUGUGUUUGAGAAUUCCUUUCCCAAAUGUCAUGGCGGACUUAUACUGUAUGAAGGAUUUGGACCUACAAGAGAGAUGCUUGGUAACUUCUGUAAUGAAACUCCUCAUUAUCCAAUAAAGUCACGAACCUCCAUGCUGAUGCUGAACUUCACUUCUGGCCCAGAUACAAAUAUGAAAAGUUUUGCUCUUGUCUACAAAAUCCAAGAAACAGAGUCAAGUCCUGUACAAGAUAAAGAUAUUCGAAAAGGAUGUCCGGUCUUGGAUUUGAUCCCAGUCGGGGCCGCAGAAAUAGUUUCUCCAAAUUAUCCAGACAUCUAUCCUAAUUUACUAAACUGCACUUGGACAAUCUAUUCUGCUUCAGGAAGCAAACUAAAAACUGUGAUACUAGAUGUUGUUAUUGAGGAUGCUAAAGAUUGCAUUUGGGACUCCCUGAGCUUUUAUGAUGGACCAGAUCAACAUUCAGAAUUGCUUGGAACAUUGUGUGGCCACAAAAGGAACCUUCAACUGUUUUCGAGCAGCAGCUACUUGACGGUGCACUUCAGAACAGAUGGCUCGGUUGGGGCCAAGGGCUUCAAGAUCAGUUUUGGAGAGAUGAAUCAAGGAUCAGUUCGGAGAAGUGAGAAUGGGAUAGAACUCGACAGUCCAUGUAAUAAGCAAGACUUGGGGGGACCGCUUAUAUGCAAGAUUGAUGGACGCUAUAAGCUUGUUGGUCUUGUGAGCUGGGGCAGCAGUGGCCAUUGUGAACCAGAGUCUCCAACAGUCUACACGCAAAUCUCUGUUUACAGAAAUUGGAUUUCAGCAGUGAUUAAUGGAAAAUUGUGA